AUGAACAACAGCUCUCAGCCACCUACAGAAAGCCAAGACAGCAUCCGUGUCAAUUCUUUAAGCAGGAUUCUACGACCAACAGUCUAUUGUUUAAUUUUUACUCUAGGAUUAGUGGGCAAUACUUUUGUCCUCAUCUCUUUAAAACGAAAGAGAAGAAGAACUGCAAACGACUGGUUUAUUCUGAACUUAACCAUAUCGGAUUUGUUUUUCGUUUGUCUUUCGAGCGAUGUUUACGUGGAUUUGGCGACAUCUCCUUACAACAGUUUUUAUCGCAAGGGCAUGCGCCCUUUGUCUACAGUUUUGUUGUCAACCAGUGUGUUUACCAUGACAGCAAUGGCACUUGAACGUCAUCAAGUAAUAACCAAGCCUCUAAAUCCAAGGAUGAAACAAAGCCGCGCUCGACUUGUGAUUGGUGGGAUCUGGAUAAUAUCGUUGGUUUUGACAUUGCCACUUCCAAUAGUAACAACAGCUGGCGUUUAUGAAUGCACAGAACCUGGAUGGCCUGCCCAUAUUUACAGCAGCAUCUACACAGUUACGCUUCUAGUCAUCCAGUACUUCCUGCCUCUAACAAUUAUCACAGCAGCAUAUAUUGGAAUUAUUCUCUAUCUCAGACUGGAGAAAGCCUCACACCAAUUCCUUAACAGUCUGAACAAUAACGCUUUUAAAGAAGCGAGAAAGCACAACAUGCAAGUAGUAAAAGCAGUUUUGACUGUCGUAAUAUUCUUUGCAGUAUGCAUGAUGCCUAAUCAUCUUGCCUGGUUGUUGCUGGAUCCAGUGAUUGGAAAAACAUCACACCAAGAAAUUGCAAAUCAGUUAUUAAAGUUUUCCCCCAUUACAAUGUAUUUACACAGCUGUGCAAACCCAAUUAUUUAUGGGACUUUUAUGCAGUACUUUCGUCAAGAAUUCAAAACCUCGCUUACGACGUGUAACUUGCGUUGCCGUCAGCUUGGUUGUGUUUGGAGAAGGCGACAUGAUCAUCGCGUAUCUACUUCAGCUCAGAUAAAACCAAAUGAAAACUACAGUUACGGGGACGACAAUGUCUUUUCAACCCAUUCACGCAGGAAUGAAGGAGUGACUGAAAAAAUGGAAAAUAAUGACGAGUUUCCUUCAGUUAUGGAACUGCAUCAAAAUUUAUCUUUGGAACAUGACCCAUCGGAAAUUAAGGAUUCUAGGCUCUAA